UGCAAACACACACAAUGAAUCAGACGUUUGUGCGAAAUCUCAAUCAACUUCCCGUCAGCACGCGGAUAUGAAACAAAAGAAGCAAGCAUGCUUACAGCGUGCGAGAGGAGAAAGGGCGGGAAGUGAACUGGGAUUCACACGUCGUGCUGUGUGCUGGGGAGUGCGAUGUGUUGUUUGUCUGUUUGUCAUUUACACGACGCCCACGCCCAGCCAAACAAGCACGCAGCCAGGGCAAGCCUCGCAAGCACCGAAGACAUUUCCUCUGAAUGAUCAACAUGAGCCACGCUACGCCCGAGCACAGCAUCAGCGACAGCACGCACGAUACUGUGGUUGUUAGUGCUUCGUGCAACAGCAAGCUGGAUGACAGCGGCGCCUUUCCCCAAGACAGUACUUGCCAGGCGCUAAUCCAGGAACUGAAAGAUGUGGUGUACGGGUACAACCAGUUCCAGGAAGCGAGCGUCUGCAGGCUGAUGAGAGAAGUGUCCGACGCCAAGAGCGAGCUGCUGCAGGCCUGGACGCGCGCCCUUGACGCGGCAAACGAAAACCUCGAGGCCAUGAUAGCGACGGAAAGGGAAGCCUUCAACAGCCGCGUCUCCCUCGCCAAAGACCUGGUUCACGCCUUACAGCAAGAGGAAGCCAAGAUCCGAGAGUUCAAGGCCAAGUUCCCAAACCUCCUUCUCUCCUCUCAGCACUGACACAACACGACAGCGAAAGCCGAAAGCAAACAUCAACAAGUCAAGCUGCCCACCUGGCCCAUUGGCUUGAGUUCUGUCACAUACAUCAUUGCACACCAUGUCAUCGAUCCCAUAGCCUGUGCCCCAGCUGUUCUUUGCCCCUCACCCACCCCCCUCUGUUGCCUACUCUGAUAGUUUCUUCAUUUGAUUCGAGGGCACGUGGCGGAGCGGGGCGUGGUCGUCUUGCAAGUGAACAACACUGUUCCACGUCUCGAGAUGCCAACCAUGAGUGGGGUGCCACGUGAACUGUUAUUGGUUGUUGUUGUUGGUGGUUUGAACAUGAGUACACAGCGCACAAAGCCAA